AUUGCGAGUACCUACCUGAAUGGUUUUGGUUCGCAUUGUUUAUUUUUCUAUUUCAAUUUACAUUAUUAGAUUUGUGUUAAGAAGGCAAAGUACCGCGUAUGGUUUUGUUUAUUAGUUUAACGGUACUCCAGUACCAUGUGGGUUUCAUUUAAAUCGUGCCAUUGAGAAGGAUCGGUGAAGACUGAAGAUGUAAAUUAUGUAUUUGGUUUUGGCUUAUUGCCAUAGUGGUUUCAUGUAAACGAAGAAAAAUGAGGUGGUUUUCGUUAUUUAUAUUAGUCCUACUUUUGGAUCGGGGGCUUGGAUACUGCCCGUCCUUGUGCUCCUGUAAGGGUAACAAAGUUGAUACAGAGGCGCAGCCGGGCGAGCUACUGAAGUUAAAAUGCGGCGGAGGCUCCGUACAGAUCACAGAGCUGAAGGAGAUCGACCUCAGCAAAAUAUCCUCAAUUAUAGUCAGCUUAAAUCUAUCUGGAAAUGCAAUAGCCACUUUAUCCAGAGAGCUCCAUUUGCCGACAUUACAAAAGUUAGAUCUAAGCAAGAACCAAAUAUCACUAAUAGAAUCAGAUGCAUUUUACAAUAUGACUUCCCUGCAAAGACUGGAUUUAUCUAACAAUCAAAUUAGUAAUAUCUACAAGGAAAUGUUUAAAGGCUUAGUUAACUUGGAGAGACUCAUAUUGACUCAAAAUCAUAUCUCGGUACUGGCUGCUGGUACAUUUGACUAUUUGAUUGGACUGAAACAAAUAGACAUAACGGAAAAUCCAUUAAUUUGUGACUGUGAUAUGUUGUGGGUUGGAGACUGGUCAAGAAACACAAGUGUAAAACUAGUUGGCAACCCCAAAUGUGCAUUCCCUGAGAACAUGGCCAAUAAAACUGUUCGUAAACUCAAGAUAUUCCUAGAUCUUUCAGCCUGUGGUAGUGUACUAGCUUCUAACACACUCAUUGUUAAACCCAGCCACGACCAAGUGGUUUUUGAAGGCGAUACUUUAACACUCACUUGUAAUGCACCCUUCGCGUCUGUUAUGGCUAAAUACGAACUGAAAUGGGUCCAUCCGAUGCUAGAAAUCUGUGACGUCAAUGUCACAAAUACAGACAUGCAGGAGGAGGGUUUGGCAGAGACCAUGGUGUUCUUUCCUAACAUAACAAACCACCACAUGGGAAAUUGGACUUGCAUGUACAGCGACCAGAACCUUAUAAAACAUAAUCAUACUGUUGGAGUAUUAGUGCUGUCAAACACAACCAAAUACUGUUCUAGCGAUCAUACCGUUGAUAACAAAGGGUUGUAUGCUUGGCCACAAUUAAUACUAAAUCAUACAGCUGUAGUGCCUUGUAGAAGUGGUGAAGGAAUGGCGUAUAGAUUCUGCAAUGUGAAUGCUACAUGGGCUCAAGCGAACACCUCAGAAUGUUCAUACAUAAGUAACAUUACAAAACUACUCCAACAAUUUGCGUUACUGAAUGUUAGUUUGGUUCAGUAUUCGGCACUGAAUGCAACGGAAAGAUUGGCUAUUCUGAUCCAAGAGAAGACAUAUCCGUUGGUAGAAAUAGUUGAUCCAGAUGAUGUUAUGUUCAUAGCUAAAGCAAUAAGAAACUACAUGCAAUAUAUUUCAGAGGAAAGAGACUUAGCCUCAACACUAUUGGAUGUGAUAAGCUCAGUGAUGAACAUAUCAACACCGGUGAUGUCUCGUGCGGAGGUGAUGUACGGCUCCUGCACGGACAUGCUCCGAGCAGCAGAAGAGUUAUCAUCAUUCACCAGCAAUGUACAAGGCCAUAAGAAGAACCUAGCGGUGGAGCGGUUCCCGGUACGCGAGGGUUUCAGCGGCGUGACGUGCGUGUGGUACAGCGGCGAGCGCGGCGCCCCACCUCGCCUGCAUUGCUCCUCCACCAACCGCACCGUCGCGCCGCUGCUCACCGUCAGCGACGCGCUCGUCCACGCCAGCGUGCAGAUACCCCAAUCACUGCUGUACAGUACAUCAGAAACAGGGAACCUACUACAGACAAAGGCGCAAGACUUAGUCGUGUCUGUCUAUGACGACGCUUCCCUAUUUCCACUGCUGCCUGAAGUAGAUGAUGGUAUAGCGAGAGGACACAGAAGCAAAGACUACUACGGCAGGAGUACUAAACGAGAGGACAUGAUUAUGGAGAUCACGUCUCCGGUCGUUGGAUUUCAAUUGAUGGAGAGCGGCGACCGGGGCCAGCUACUGGAGCCAGUGAUAGUGACGGUGCGCGCACGCGGCGGCGGCUGGGGGGCGGGCGGCGCGCGCGCGGCCGUUUGGCACCCGCGCGCUCGACGCUGGGCCGACAACGGCACCGAUUGCAAAGUAUCCCACAUGGUCUCGGAGAUGAUAAUACUCAGUUGUACAAGACUCGCUUACGUUGGUGUCCUUCAAAAUGUCGAAACCGGCAUAUACGGCGCUAGGACGGACGGCGCGAGAUUCAAAGUGUCCCAUCCCGCCGUAUACGUGGGCAGCCUUAUCCUAAUCGGAUGUGUAAGUUGUGCCACCCUUACUUACAUCAUGUGCUACUCGGCCAUCCAAAUGGCUAAAAAGGCCAAACACGCCCUCAUAAACACAUGGAUAGCUAUAGGGCUUCUUUGCUUCUUAUAUACCCUGGGUAUAUACCAGACAGAGGAUGUAAAAUUGUGCCAGAUAUUGGGCCUGCUUAUUCACUAUUUAUCGCUCUCCUGUCUUCUGUGGAUGUGUGUGUCUGCAAGCAAUAUGUAUAAAUGGGCUACCCGGACCCACAACCCAGUGAGGACACCAGAAGAUGAUAUUCCACCGGACGUGCCAAUACAGAAGCCAAUUCUGGGGCUAUACCUGGUCGGAUGGGGCAUAGCUUUGAUUGUCUGUGGAAUAUCCGGAGCGGUGAAUCUCAAAGACUACGCUGGAUAUUCCCAAUGUUUCCUGAGUACUGCUCCAGCUUUAAGUUCGCUAUUCAUUCCUGGAGGCAUGCUCCUAAUGUUCCUCCUUAUUUUGUACUUGUUAAUACGAUGCACGAUUCGUAAUAUGAAUGUUCAGCUUUCGGAAGGAACCCAAGCGACUGAGAACGUCGAUCUGGAGAUGUGGGAACCGAAUCAAACUACAGACGGCACAGAGCGACGUAGUAUCAAAUCUGUUUUGGAUUCUGAGGUUGAAGAUGUGGAACAUACUCCUAUAAUACAGCUAAGAGCUCAAGUUAUUGUUUUAUGCCUGUACAUCUCUGUUUGGACUUGCGGUGCGAUAGCCGUGUACAGACCGUUGCCAGCAUAUUUGCCGUACCAAGAAGAUAUUUGCAGCAUAAUUUACGCAGUAUGUGCUACCGUACUUGGGACUUUUAUCCUGUUCUUCUACGGAAUAGCCCGAAGCGACGUUAGAGCGCAAUGGUCGUUAAUACAUUGUUACCUGCAAUCGGGAAAACAGUUCUGUAGAAACAGGAGCGUGUUCGAUGCAAACCAGACAAACUUGCCCAACGCCCACAAUCCAAAUGUGUCGCCGCAACAUGUCGCGGUUGCUGUCGCUCACGACAACCAUUCUAGAUCUGGCAGCAGAAGUUCUAACAGAACAAAUACUAAAACUAAUAACAGCAGCGCCUACAAAGCAGCCGCAGAAUUAAACGGCCAAACACUGCAAAAAGAUAAGAAUACUAAUGCCAAGACUAAUAUCAAUCUAGUUGUUCUACAUAGACAACAGUAUAGAUCGAAUAAUUCCAUGAUGACGUAUCCCGAAAACGGAACGAUCGGUCCCGAAGUGUUCUACAACCCCAACCAAAUGAACGUUGCCAAGAAAUUUUUCAAGAAACAGAAGCAACAUAUGAAAAGAAACUGCUUGGAGUUGCCACUUAGAAGAGACUGUGACGACGAUUCUCAUGUUUCUCUCCCCUUGCCGUCGAAGGAUGCGUAUAAUGGCGUAGCCAGCUUCAUCAACGCUGGAACUAAAGUUAACAACACAAACCAACACGUAGACAAAUCCAACAGUGGAAUAAAGGAGCCUCGUAACGUCUUAAAUCCUAAUUUACUCGAAGACGAGUCUAAAGAUAAUCUAAAGACAUUCUCCUCAGAUCGCAAGUCGUGGAAUAAAAUAGAUGAUCCCAAAACUGGCAGAGGUCAAAUUAUGAAUAUUUACACAAACGUGCCAGAAACUCAAGUGCCUCAACAUCAGAUCGUCAAAGCGAAUGCUGGGAAAGGAUUAAACGGACAACGGAGUAGCGUUUCUGAGGAAUGUCUGCAGAGUCAUGCUAGCGAACAUCCAGAAAUGCGGACGAUAUCGCAGCAGUGCAGCCUCGAAUACAGCUCAGCCUCUGAAAUAGCCAUGCCCCAUACUUGCUCCGACCAAACGCUGAACACGCAUUCCGAGAUGACAUCGUUCCAAGAAACACAUAGUGCCUUAUGUUCAACCAACGAAAUCACCGACACAGAAAGUUUCGGUCAAUAUAUAGAUUACCUCCAACCGAGUAAGCCCGCAGAAAGCAAGGACGGUAUUGACAAAUCACUCCAAGAUAUUUCAGAGGAGUGCACAAUGAAUAGCGACGAUAUAAACCGUUCAAGUACUCCACACAAUUUGGAUCCCAGGAUGGGAGAAAUGGACAACCUACUUCAGAGUGCAGAAAACGAUAUCAACGAUUCCAAAGAAAAGCUAGACGAUGCAGACGGAAGGGAGACAUAUUUCAUGGCGAAAACGACAUACGACUUUGAGACUUGCAGUACAAACGCCAGCGAGCAGGGCUUCGAAAACGAAAGUGAUAUCUACUGUCCCAACUACCAAAUGUCCGAAGUGAGCAUACGGAGUCACGGCUUAUACGCCCCUUCCCCGUCUUCCAUGUGUCCGAACGAAACGCUAAGCUUCAGCAACGAGGAUGUUUCGACUAUCGAAAGCCAGUACGUAAAUUACGAUCCCGGCUGGCGUAAGACCAUUAAAAACAAUCCGAAGUUAGGCAAAUACGUGCCGACGCCCGCUUUGAGUUGUCCUGACGUGAAUAGGGAAGGCAGUCCCGUUUCGUUCGCUAGUGAACUAGACGAACUGUAUACGCAAAUAACUAGUAGGGACAAGGAAAGGGUUCAUAGAAAAGAUGGCCUCGACGUUACGGUGAAUAGUGAUGUGACUUUAAAACCCGAUAGCGACAGUUGUGUGAGCGAAGCUAUAUCCGAUGUGGAAGUGAAGGGUGAAACUCAUCUUUAGUUCUGAGGACAUGUAGUAAAUGAUUGUUGAGUUUCGUUUACAAAUGAUAAUGGUACAAUUGUACAAAUCAUUACAAUAUUUUAGUGGUUUCAAGAUUUCUAAUAUAAUAUUCAAAUAUGUUUUUUGAAUAAAAGCAAAACACUUGUCACAUCUUUUGUUUAGUGACAUGAUAUCAUUAAAUGAAUCAUAACAGUGUGAAUGUUAGAAUCUGAAUAUUACAAAAUGAAAACCCCAGAAGUACACAGUUUUCUUUUGCUUAGCAAUUGGAUGGAUGCAAGGACAAAAAUAAUAAUUAUGAUAUUAUCUGAUUUAAUUAUAAUAAGGAAACCAAAUUUUAUGCCAGGCAAGACUAAACAUCUAUAAGGUUAUUCUAAUGUGGGUACUUGACUAAUAACUAUUGUUAACUUUCUGUUGUAUAUAUUGUUUUAAGUAUUUUAAAUAUAGACUAUAUUAUUUGGAUAGAAUGUAGAGAAAAUUUGGCUCUAAUAGAAUAAUCAGUAUUGAAAUGUCUGAUUUUUUACAAAAACUGCCAUUUUAUGUAAUUUGGUGUAUGUGCCAAUGUUGUACAAUUCUAGACUAAGUUGUAAUUUGUGAGGAUUUAUUUAUUUUAUAACAUAACAUGAAUGGGUCUGAUUUUUAAACGUAUGUAUGAACAGUGUACGAGAAGAAUGUUUUUAUACGAAAAUACUUCACGAUUUUAAGAGGCUGAAUGAGAUUUGAUUUUUGAGCCAGUGUUGAAAAUAAUCCGUUUGUUCCGCUCAAGAUGUGCCAAAUUUUAUAGUUUUACUAAAUAUCGAAGCUUUGUAAUGUGUGUUGGUUGUAUUCGAUUUUAUGUCAGUACAGGAUUCGUUUAAAUGUAUAAAUAGCACUCUCACGUAUUGGCAAGAAUAAUGCACAUUUCCAAAGAGAUAUUGUCUUAGAGUUGUCAUUGUAAAGCUGUCCAAUAUCCCUAAAAAUAACGACGUGUUGGCAUAAAAUCGGUUACAAUACUCUAAAUCUAACGUGCUUUACUUGUGAAAACUUGCGCACUGUUUCUGUGUAGAUGUGGCAUAUUUAAACUUGAGCUAUCCGCCUAAAAUCGCAUUUUAGCUCAUAUAUCUUCUAUUAUUAGGUUUGCGAUAAUUAACCAAUAAGCCCUGUUACUGAUGACAGUUGUGUAUGG